UACUUCUUGAUUGACACAUCUGAACUUUGAGCCAAAUCAUGUGACUGCAAAAACGAGAGAGAGAGAUCAACAACAGUAUAAAUAGCCCAGAACAUCUGGGAUCUGAAUAGCAAGAGAAAGCAGACCAGUACAGGAAGGAGCAGUGAACAAGAACACCCAAAGCCCUCUGCAUCAAUGCAGAAGGGCCUGGGUAUUGCCCUGACUCUCUGCCUACUCCUUGUGGGCUGGGCAGAGAGUCAGGGACAAUGUGAGAAACCAUCAGCAUGGACGAUUGCAUCCAAAGACCCCAUGAAAGACUCGCUGGGGAAAGUGACAGUGGUGGCAUUAUUCCAGGCUAGCUGACAGUUCUGUCUGGUACAGGCAGCCAGUCUGAGGCGCCUGAAGCAGAGACUGGAUCAUGAGGGUUUCUUGAACAUCUCCUACGUGGUGGUAAAUCACCAGGGAAACAAGUCCCGUGAACUUUACCAACAGCUGAAUGCAAAGCUGGCAGGAGCCCUGCCAGUGUACCAACAAGAUGAGAAUCAGAGUGAUGUGUGGACACUACUGCAAGGCGAGAAGGAUGACUUCCUCAUCUACGACAGGUGUGGCCAAAAGACCUUUCACUUGGAACUGCCAUACACCGACCUCAAGCAAGCAUAUGUGGAGAAUGGAAUUAAGCAAACAUAUUGUGAAACAGUCUGCAGCAAUUGUUCUUUGGCGGACCAGCCCUCGGAAUGCAAUGUCAGAAGUACAGAGGAACAAAGAGGAACUGAAGUAGAUGGCCGUCAAGGCCACCGUCACAGCCAUGUACAUCAUUCCCAUAAAAAAGCUGUGAGACGUCCUAUCCCCAAGGACAGAACCCACUCAGACUCGGGUGAUCACGAGCAUCAGCAGAAUCACCAUCAUUUCCAGCACUCACACGACCUGGUAGAUUCAUGAGCAGACACAAAGAGCUGAAAGAGGAUGUACAGCUGAAAGCCCAGCGGCAUGUCAGCUCUAAUAGGGAUCAGGUGAUGAUGAUACUGCCGUCAACUGCACCACCAGAACUCUUCAAAUGAGGGAGUAUUCUGACAGUGCAGCAAGCGGUCAUCAUCCUGACAGUGACAGGUAGAGGUUGAUGGGGUGAAGCUGUCUGAAUCCUGACAGUGACGGCUGCUGUCUGCACUCUGACCAGACCGCACUGUGCUGCAGCAGGACCAGUGACAACCAAGCAGAAACUGAGAAUGACAAAAUGGGCAGCAGUAAGCGCUCUCAUCGGAAAUGUAAACUGCUGUUCAUUUUCCUAAGUUUGAAACCACUUGGAUUUCAACUUUAGGAUUUUCUGCAAGUCCUAUACUCCAUCAUGAGGACCAGACAGCAUUACUUGCCCCAUCAGUAUGACAUCCAGGUUAGUCCUUGUCCAUUUUGCAUCUUUUCCCACUCCUUGUGGUUGUUUCUAUGAGGACAGCAGCACAAACUACACUGUAGUAGCUGCUAGCUGAUUUAAGACAAGCACAAAGGGAAAAUGAGUAAAAUGGAGAAGCUAAUCUUCACAGCCUGCAACAACUUACCAAAUCAACCAAUCUGCAUUCUAAUCCAUCUGCUUUUACUGCAAGAAUUUUGAAAACGUAGAUUUCUCUACUUUGCAUUAUCCCAUGAAAUUCUGCUGCGCGAAGCAACCAAAAGCGUUUCUUAACAGUCAGCAAGUAACAGCUAAAGUUACUGGAAUUAAACACAUCUAGAGUACAAACUGAAUCUCAUCUCAAAUACAUCAUUUUCCCAUUUGCUUUAUGGUCUAUCAAAGAAAUUAACAUAAUUGUCAAUGUCCAGCUAGCAGACCACAGAAAGGCAUUUAGUUAAAAAACAAAAGAGAAGAUGAAGAAAUACAUGUGAUCUGUUUGAAGGCAAGUGCCAUACUUCAUGACAGUUACUAGGGAAACUGUGACCCUAGUUAACCUGAAAUCCCACUAUGGCAAAUGCAGGCAGAUUACGUACCUGGAAUGAUUGUAAUGCACAGAAAGUGUAAAAAAAUGUCAAUAAAAUGUCUGCUUCUGGAAA